AUGUCGGCUAAGGACUACUACGGCGGCCAGGGCGGUGGCUACCCUCAGCAGGGCGGUUACGGCGGUCCCCAGCAAGGCUACGGUCAGCCCCAGCAGGGUUACUACCCCCCCCCUCCCCAGCAGGCCUACGGUGGCCAGCCUCAGCAGGGCGGCUACUACCCGCAGCCCCAGCCUCAGCCUGUCUACGUCCAGCAGCCACAGAAGAAGGGCGGCGGAGGCGCUGGUGCCGGUUGCUGCGCGUGCUGUGCCGGUAUGCUCGCCUGCUGCUGUCUCGAAGACCUUUGUCUCGACUGCAUGUUCUAA